UUGAGUGAUCAUGGUUGCUUUUUUUAUGGCUCAUCCCAACUCAGGAAAGCAUUCAGAAGGGUUAAUGGCAAAGCAAGACAACCGCCUUUUGUUCCGUCUCUAUUGCCUAGAAGACCAUCACAAGUUGACGACAAAGAAUCUACCAUAAUUGAAAAUAAAGGCAGUGAUCAUGCCAUCAAGCUACAAGAUUUUACUUUUCAAGAGCUAGCUGAUGCGACGGAGAACUUCAGUCCGGAGCAUUUUGUGGAUGUAGGCAGUUUUGGUAAAAUCUAUAGAGGGAAACUUAGAAACACUGGAGAGAUCAUAGUUGUCGAGCAACUAGACAGAGAUGGAUCACGAGGACACAGAGAAUUUCUUUCACAGGUGUUGGUGCUGAGCAUCCUCAAUCAUAUAGGAUAUUGUACGAAGGGAGAUGAAAGAUUUUUAGUGCAUGAAUAUCUGCCUUUGGGGUCCCUGGACCAGCAUCUACAUGACAGAUCAUCCAAGCAAAAGCCUUUAGAUUGGUAUACAAGAAUGAAAAUUGCUCUGGGGAUUGCUAAAGGUUUAGAAUAUAUACACCAUAAUGCCAGCCUCCCAGUCAUCUACCGAAAUCUGAAACCCUCCAACAUCUUACUAGACAAAAAUUUUAAAGCUAAGCUCUCUGACUUCGGGCUAUCUAAAAUUGGACCUACUGGUGAAAUGAAGCAUAUUUCUACGAGAAUAGUCGGUACUAAUGGAUACAUUGCACCAGAGUACCAAAAUACAGGUUUUUUGACUAUGAAAGCAGAUGUAUAUAGCUUUGGAGUUGUUUUACUGGAGUUGGUGACUGGGCGAAGAGCUGUUGAUAUCACUAAACAAACCAAGGAGCAAAAUUUGGUCUCUUGGGCACAUCAGAUACUGAAGAAACCAAGUAAGUUUACAGAGUUAGCUGACCCUGUACUUCAGGGGAAUUUCCCAGCUAAUGGAUUCAACCAAGCACUAGCGGUGGCAGCUAUGUGUCUUCAAGAAGAACAAACAGCUCGACCCAUGAUGAGUGAUGUGAUCACUGCCAUAAUGUACCUCUCAUCAGACAACCUAGAUGACAGCAUAAAGUCCUCUCCUCCCGAACCUGUAUAGAGCAUAAUAGUAUGGUGAUCAUGGAAAAUAGUGUUGCAGAGCAUCAUCACUAGUUCAUCAGAUGAAGUGAGCAUCAUUCCGACUGAGCAUAUUGUAAAUACAGUUUCUCUCUCUUCCAUUCUCUUUUAAGAUUACCUCUUGUGUAUAAGCUUGUUAGGAAUAUGGGGGCGGUAUUACCCUGUUAAAUUUAUCUAAUAUCACCCCUUUUUUAUACUUGUAAACUUUUGGUGUUAUUUUUCUUUUGUCAAGGCUAAAAAUAUCCAUUAGAACACAAGAACAAUGGGAGCUAUGCUUGUCUUUUAUCUUGCUUAUUAUUGGUCUAUUUUGCCAACAAGGCAAAUAACUAUUACAAGUACUCUGUAUUAACUUAUCAUCUCUCAAAGAAAGAUUUUGUUUUA